CCCACCGCAGGAUGGCGCUGCUGAGCGACUACUUCACUGUAAAAGGAUUCCGGUGUGAGCGUUCAGGAAACAUCAAACUGAAAGUAGUGCAUCUCCCAGCCAGUGGAAAAGUACGGAAAGAGGCUUCAGUGACUCAGAAAAAUGUCUCGAAGAUACGACUCCCGAACAACAAUAUUUUCCCCAGAGGGACGCCUGUAUCAGGUGGAAUAUGCAAUGGAAGCAAUCGGUCAUGCUGGAACCUGUCUUGGAAUCCUAGCUAACGAUGGAGUUCUGUUAGCAGCAGAGAGACGCAACAUCCACAAACUUCUAGAUGAGGUUUUCUUCUCUGAAAAGAUCUACAAACUUAACGAAGACAUGGCCUGCAGUGUUGCUGGGAUCACAUCCGAUGCCAAUGUACUGACAAAUGAGUUACGGCUAAUUGCACAGAGAUAUUUAUUACAGUACCAGGAGCCAAUACCCUGUGAGCAGUUGGUGACAGCUCUUUGUGACAUCAAGCAGGCCUACACACAGUUUGGAGGGAAGAGGCCGUUUGGUGUUUCUCUGCUCUACAUGGCCUGGGACAAACACUACGGUUUCCAGUUGUACCAGAGUGACCCCAGCGGCAACUAUGGAGGCUGGAAGGCAACCUGUAUUGGAAACAACAGUGCUGCUGCAGUGUCCAUGUUGAAGCAGGACUACAAAGAGGGAGAGAUGACGCUGUCCUCUGCUCUGGCUCUGGCUGUCAAAGUCCUCAACAAAACGAUGGAUGUCAGCAAGCUCUCAGCAGAGAAAGUGGAAAUUGCCACCCUGACACGAGAAGAUGGGAAAACAAAAAUUAAAGUGCUGAAACAGAAGGAGGUAGAGGAGCUCAUCAAGAAGCACGAGGCCGAGGAGGCCAAAGCUGAAAAAGACAAAAAGGAGAAGGAGCAGAAGGAGAAGGACAAAUGAGCCAACUGACUGUUUUUUGCUCAUGUCACCAAACCCUGUUUUGUUUUGUAUUUUACAUUAAAACUUGGAAAUAUA